AUGUGCCAAAUCCCUAACCCUAUCUCGUCUCCUAGUCCCAGUCCGAUCCCGAGCCCUGGCCCCGACCCUGACCCCGGCGGCGAGGAGAGCAGCUCCGCCUUCGCCGUCGCCGCCGUCGUCCAGCAGCUCGUCGCCAUGCUCCCCGCCCCUGACCACGAUAAGCGGGAUGCUGCCCUCCUCGCUCUCCUCAACCUCGCCGUCCACAACGAGUGUGGAGCUCCUCAGGUCUCAGAAGAACAAUCUAAGAGAGCCACUGCAGCAGUGCUGACGCUCUCAGCUUCAACACCUAACAAACCACCUAUUGCCACCUACGGAGCAGUGCCCCUUCUUGUUCAAAUACUCAUUGCAGGUAGUAUCCAAGUAAGGGUUGAUGCUGUCACAGCCUUGUAUAAUCUGUCUCCCUGUGAAAACAUUUCCAAUUUUAUUCUUCCCUCAGAAGCAGUUAAGCCUCUCCUGACCCUUUUAAAGGACUGCAAGAGAUACUCUAAGUUUGUUGAGAAGGUCACUGGUCUAUUGGAAAUCCUGUCCAGAACUGAAGAAUUUGAGGUAGGGAUUUUAACACUGGUAGAGACUGUUGAAGAAGGUUCAUUGCUCAACGCAGAAUAUGCUGAUGGAGUGUUGCUUUCUUUGUGCAGUAGUUGCCAGGAGACAUAUGGGGAUCUUUAUCCUAAAAGAAGGUCCAAUUCCAGGACUUAUGUUGUUAAUUUUGGAGGGCACAAAGAAGGCCUGGGAGCGGGCUCACAACCUUUUGGAUCCGAGAUGACUACACUAAAAAGAAAGUUGUGUCGAAGGAACUGGAGAUUCUAG